UCUCUCUCUCUCUCUCUCUCCUCUCUCUCUCGCUCUACUACUUACUUGCACAAGUACAAUCGGUCAAGCACGCCGAUGUUUCUUGAAUUCUUUUGUGCCGUAUGUUUAGUGGGAUGGUUGACUAUUGGGUAAAAGUGAAUUGGAUCGUUUGAUUCUUGCGCGGGUACUUAUCGUUUCGAUGUGAAAUUGUUGAAAUUAUUUUGCCAAUUGGUGUGCUGCUGCUUUGAACUGUGUAUGGAACUUUGCGAGGGAAAGAUUAUUCUGGGAACUCAUGGUGGAAGAGAGUUCUACACUUAUGAUGGAGGAGAUUCAGUUGUAUACCAACUGGGAUGAUGUCAUGUGUCCCAUAUGCUUGGACUUCCCUCACAAUGCUGUUCUUCUCCAGUGUGCAUCAUAUGAAAAAGGAUGUCGUUCCUUUGUAUGUGACACGGAUCAUUUGCAUUCCAAUUGUCUCUACCGCUUUAAACAAGCAAACGGGAUGUCACCGGAAGGCAAAUCUCCAAGUACUGCUGAAAAUAUACAGUGUGUGGGUUCAGGAUCUGACAGCAAACCAGCUUGCCCCUUGUGCAGAGGAGAAGUUACUGGAUGGGUAGUGGUCAAUAAGGCUCGUAUGUAUCUGGAUGAGAAGAAACGCUGUUGUGAGGAGGAAAAAUGUCGAUUUACAGGUACUUAUUCUGAGCUCCAAAAGCAUGCUCAGGUGGAACAUCCUCAUGCUUGCCCUUCGAAAAUAGAUCCUGCACGCCAGCUUGAUUGGGACAAUUUCCAGCAGUCCGCUGAGAUCAUAGAUGUAUUAAGUACUAUCCAUUCAGAAGUUCCACGUGGAGUGGUUCUCGGCGAUUAUGUUAUUGAGUAUGGAGAUGAUAACUCUGGAGAUGAUUACGAUGACUUCCCCGGGGAUGAGGGAAACUGGUGGACAUCUUGUAUUCUGUAUCAAGUUUUUGAAAAUUUUAGGACAUCUAGAAACCGAAGAAGAUCAAGAGUCAGCGAUUCCAGAAGAGGAAACCGCCGUUUGAGUUUUGAUACUUCAAACUCUGAUGAGGGUUCUGUGUCUUCUGCGGAAUAUGCAGAUUACAGAGCUGAUGAGACUGAUGAUGAAUAUGUCAGUGCAAGGGCAUUAUCCAGACGAAGAGUUGCGGAACAGAGCUCUCGAAGGCGUCGUUCCCGCUUCUUUGACAACUAGGGUAAGCAUUUACCCGGAACACUCGUACCUCAUUCUCUCGCUAAUUGCAAUUUACCAUUUGAUGAACCCGAGUUGUAUCUCUUUAGUAGGCAUCAUAUUUUCAACUUCUUGAUCUGAUUAAAUCUUUGCAACAACGUACAACUACCCUUGUUCUGUAGUUCAUGUUACUCCGUUUAUACAUUAUACACACUCUUGGUAAUCCCUUGCAGUAAUUGUGCAACAGAAUAGAGUUCAUCAUAGGGUGUGGAAUGGAAAAGUGAAAAAGCUUGCAGAUCUCGGUCGGGGCAGUAGGCGAACAGCGGAUGCCAAAGUCAUAUUUGCAGGGUUGAUGAUGUAAAAUUCUCAGGUUGGCACAAUCAAUUUAUCAAGAUUGAUGUUCCUCUUAGGUCACCUUGUUUCUUAUACUUGGAUUGCAGGAGUGUUUGGUUUUAGAAAUUAGAACUUUAACGUGCUCCGCUCUCUAAUAAUUGUUUAAUUCUACCCCUUGUUAAUAUUUCUGGGCAGACUUCCUUAGCUUCUUAGAUAACUAUCAUGUCUUGAAAUCAACUACUGCUAGAAUUUGUCUGUCAAUUGGAACAAUGUUUAUAAAUGUAUCAUUUCAUUCCA